AUGGGCACUAUAGCAUUAUCCCAGAGAUCAGAAGAAAACCCGCUAGACCUCAACAACUUACCAGAGGAUUAUAGUAAAGAUGGCAAACAAGUCAUAGAAGACAGCUCUUCAUAUGCUGCUGCAGGCUAUAGGAGAAAGAAAAGCGGCGCUAAGGAUGGAAAAGAUGACAGUGGGAAGGUCUACGAAUGUAGGUUUUGCUCCCUCAAGUUCUGCAAGUCUCAAGCUCUUGGGGGACACAUGAAUCGUCACCGCCAGGAGAGGGAGACAGAAACACUGAACCGGGCUCGUCAGCUGGUCUUCAAUAACGAUCCCUUAUUAGGACAAGGACCUCAUCACCACCACCACCACCACCUAGGCCAGCCAAUGCAACAAGGAGGCUUUCAUCAAACCGCGAAUUUAAGUGAUCCAACAAUGCCAUUUCGAUCAGUCUACCCAACAAGGCUAUUCUCGGGUUCCACCCCCACCUUGCUUCCACAAGGGCAACCAUCACCUCAGUCACCAUACAUGUAUUCAUCGCCUUCCCGGCUCGUUCCCUUUCCAUCCCAGUUUCCAGCCGUGAACGACUACUUCGUCGGCCAUGUCGUCCCGGGGGGAAACGCUGCUUACUCAAGCUGCAGUCCUAACCAAGCAGAAAUUACUGGUAACAACUACACUUGCAUUGGUGCACCGGUUAUAGGGCACGCAUUUAAUGGAAGCAUCACCCGAGGGAGUAGUACUACUGAUCAUCAUGCCUCAGGAGGAGGAGGAGUUGGUGCUGAUGAUGUUGGUGGGGGUGGUAGUAGAGAAAUGACACUGUAUAAUAAUCAUGACGAAGGAUUAAAUUGGGGACGGAGCGGCAGCUGCACAGGAGGAGCAGGAGGGACGACACAGAAACGUUUGGAUCCUUCAUCGAUCAAUCGGUUUCAAGAUGGAUUCUAG